CAGCAGGACAAUGCUGGUGUUUGUGCAACGGCCCCUGAGUGGCGGCUGGGUCUCUCAGAUCGCUCGCGCUUGACUACCAUUGCUGCACGCAUUGUUGAAGUGAAAGGAAAGUGGACAGCUUGAUCCUGUCUGUGGGAGCACCAACAGAGGCAGUGGGAGAGAGAGUGGGUUUUGGUGUAAGGCACGUCAAAGCAGAAAGGCUGGCCGUACCAGGUAGGAGAAGAAGGCAGUUCAUUGCUGCCACAUUAAAAGAAGCAGUGAAUUACAUUUGUGGCGUGGGUGGGCAGGUGAGGGCUGAGCUGUGGUGACAACUUUGGGCUGCGUGCCAAAAUCUGAGAGGGAAGAGGAAGAGGAAAAGGAAGACCAAGAGGAGGGGUAGGUGGAGGAGGAGGAGGAGAAGAACAAGAAGAGGAGCAGAGGGCCUGGAGCCCAAACCCAAGCAGGAUGGCCGAGAAGAAAGUUAGCAGUCUCCCUGCUAAGCUGAUUAAUGGGGGCGUGGCAGGCCUGGUCGGUGUGACAUGUGUAUUUCCUAUUGACCUGGCCAAGACCCGCCUACAGAACCAGCAGGGCAUCCAAGUCUACAAAGGAAUGCUGGACUGCCUGGCAAAGACAGUACGCUCAGAGGGCUAUUUUGGAUGCUACAGAGGUGCAGCGGUGAACCUCACUCUUGUUACACCAGAAAAAGCCAUCAAGCUAGCUGCCAAUGACGUCUUCAGACAGAAGCUCUCUAAGGAUGGGCAUUUGCCCCUGUGGGGGGAGGUGCUGGCAGGGUGUGGGGCUGGGACCUGUCAGGUGGUAGUCACCACUCCCAUGGAGAUGCUUAAGAUCCAGCUGCAGGAUGCAGGAAGGCUCGCCGCCCAGAGGUCUGUUCCAACUCCAGCUCAGGCUGCCGCCCCUGGUCCAGCUCCAUCAUUGGUGGCCCCCCCACCAGCGCGACCGAACCCUCCACCUCGGACCUCGGCCACCAGCAUCACUGUGGAUCUGCUGAAGACUCGAGGGCUGGCAGGCCUCUACAGGGGGGCAGGAGCCACCUUAAUGAGGGAUGUCCCCUUCUCAAUGAUCUACUUCCCGCUGUUUGCCAACCUAAAUGCGCUGGGCCAGGAAAAAGUGGGCGAUGUGCAGGCCCGGUCGCCAUUCUGGCAGUCCUUUCUGGCAGGCUGCGGCGCAGGCUCAGUGGCAGCCGUGGCUGUAACACCACUGGAUGUCAUAAAGACUCGUCUACAGACCUUGCAAAAAGGUGAAGGGGAAGACACAUACAGAGGAAUUGUUGACUGCACACGGCGUAUCAUGAUGCGGGAGGGCCCAUCAGCAUUCCUGAAGGGUGCAACAUGUCGUGCUCUGGUUAUUGCUCCUCUUUUUGGCAUUGCGCAGGGUGUCUACUUUCUCGGGGUAGGGGAGACGGUGCUAGGUUUGCUGGGAUAGCAGUGCUUGGCAUUGGUGGCGAUGGUUGUGUUGUCUCUGCUACUUUAAUCUGCAGCAAAUGAAUGACACAGCUGAGCAAAAGGUGAAUACGGUACAGAGAGAGGGCCACAGUCUGCUAACCAAAGGAAGAGGAAUGGUCUGAGAUAUGAAGAGGCUCUAUUUACUAAUAUGUGGACCAAUGGGUUCACACUAAUCAUGUUUCUCUAGGAUUUUGCAUGCUGUCAACAGGUUCCGUAGGUUAAACAGGGCCCUGUGUAUGUGUGUGACUAAUCUGAGGGUUGGUCCUACGUGCUUGCUGCAAUAUGUCUGGGGCUGUUCCUUUCUCCUGAGAGAGAUGAUUCUGUCCGCUUGUUAAGAGAGAGCUGGUGCAUGUUGUUCGAGGAUGCUAACUAAAAUGCCAAUCUGACCAUUUGUAUGGUCACAACGAAGAGCUGCGCAUCAUCCUAUGUAAGUGGCAAAUUCCCCUUUAUCAAAAAGCUAAGACUGCACAAAGUUUGAUGUCAGAGUAUGGACUGGCUCUUUGGGUUGACUUUAAAUGCCAAUCAUUUAGUUCAAUGUUUGAUGGGUUUCUCUGGAACGGGAGCUUAAUCCCUUUUUGCCUAUCCUCCCACUCCAUCCGUGAGGUCUGAGUUGUAAUCUUGAGAUUCCUUCAGAGGACUGGGAGGUGCCGGCUGCCAGAAACUCUAAGGUCAUUUGUUAAUCUGAUGGUAAUGCUUUAAUCCCAGCAUUAGCGUACAAUAUACCCUAACACACAGCUCACUUCCUGCCUAGAGGCCACAGGUUAGACUGCUGGGCCCCUGCCUGAUAGCCUUGACUUCCUCUUCCUCACACAGCUCCAAAGGGUUUAAAUAAAACCUACGAGAAGCCUGGAGCUGAGUUCACUGCUUAGUUACACACAAAAACACAUUCCUCCAAAUGAUGUGCGCACAAUAACUAAAACAAAUAUGCAAAGCCUUAUCGUUGCUGAUAGUUUCUGAAGCAUCAAAACUGGAAGUCUUAAAUUAAUUCAUUGGAAUUGGUGGUGUUGAAACAUUGAUUUGGUAAUUGAGUCCAAUUUAGCGUCAAAAAUUAUAUUUGUGGCACUAAAGUUUUUUUUUUUCGUUUUUUUUUUACAUUUUUAAUGCAAGACAUGUUUGUGUGGCUAGUGUACCUAGGCUUCUACAUAUUCCAUUGUAGAGAGAACAUAGCCUGAGUAAACGGUUUACAAGCUGUAAAUAAAGAUAUCUCAUACAUGCUGA